AUGGAAGCAGAGUACAACAGCAUGGCCCUCGAGAGGCUCGGGGAAGCGCUGCGCAGCAUUCCGCCGUUGCAAAGCUCUCUGCUGCUCCUCCUCUGCCUGCUCACAGCCAUCCACCUAGGCAAGCUCCUCCUGCAGCAUCAGCAGCGCCGGCGGCAGGGCCAGCGCCGAGCGCCGCCGGGCCCUUUCCCCUGGCCCCUGAUCGGCAACGCGGCGCAGCUGGGCAGCGCCCCGCACCUCUCCUUCGCCCGGCUGGCCAGCACCUAUGGCGCCGUGUUCCAGCUGCGCCUGGGGCGCUGGCCCGUGGUGGUGCUGAACGGGGAGCGCGCCAUCCGGCAGGCCCUCGUCCGCCAGGGGGCCGCCUUCGCCGGCCGGCCGCCCUUCCCGUCCUUCCAGCUGGUGUCGGGCGGGCUCAGCCUGGCCUUCGGCGGAUACUCGGAGCUCUGGAAGCUGCACCGGCGGGCGGCGCACGCCACGGUGCGCGCCUUCUCCACGGGCAGCCCCGCCACCCGCCGCCUGCUCGAGCGGCACCUGGUGGGCGAGGCGCGGGCGCUGGUGGCGCUGCUGGUGCGCGGCAGCGCCGGCGGCGCCUUCCUCGACCCCUCGCGCGUCCUGGUGGUGGCCGUGGCCAACGUGAUGAGCGCCCUGUGCUUCGGCCGCCGCUACAGCCACGGCGACGGCGAGUUCUUGCGCAUCGUGGGGCGCAACGAGCAGUUCGGGCGGGCGGUGGGCGCCGGCAGCCUGGUGGAUGCGCUGCCCUGGCUCCAGCGCUUCCCCAGCCCCGUCCGCGCCGCCUACCGCGCCUUCCGCGACCUCAACCGCGACUUCUACGGCUUCGUUCGCGGCAAGUUCCUGCAGCACCAGCGCAGCCUGCGCCCCGGAGCUGCCCCCCGCGACAUGAUGGACGCUUUCAUCCACCUGCAGCGGGAGCAGCCGCGGCUGCAGCUCGAGCACGUGCCCGCCACUGUCACCGAUAUUUUCGGCGCCAGCCAGGACACCCUCUCCACGGCCCUGCAGUGGCUCCUCAUCUUCCUUAUCAGGUAUCCAAAAGUGCAGGCUAAAAUGCAAGAAGAAGUGGAUAGGAUUGUUGGAAGAGACCGUCUGCCAUGUGUUGAAGAUCAGCCUCAUCUGCCCUACAUCAUGGCUUUCCUCUAUGAAUCCAUGCGUUUCAGCAGCUUUGUGCCUGUGACUAUCCCACAUGCCACCACAACCAACACCUUCAUCAUGGGCUACCUCAUUCCCAAGGACACUGUCAUUUUUGUAAAUCAGUGGUCAGUGAAUCAUGACCCAGCAAAAUGGUCCAACCCAGAGGAUUUUGAUCCAACAAGAUUCCUGGAUGAGAAUGGGUUCAUCAAUAAAGAUCUUACUAGCAGCGUGAUGAUUUUCUCAUUGGGAAAGCGUCGGUGUAUUGGAGAGGAGUUAUCCAAGGUGCAGCUCUUUCUCUUUACCUCCAUAUUGGUGCAUCAGUGCAAUUUUACUGCUAAUCCAAAGGAGGACCCUAAAAUGGACUUCACCUAUGGGCUGACCAUUAAACCUAAGCCAUUCACCUUGAAUGUUACACUUAGGGAUACGAUGGAUUUGCUCGAUCAGGCUGUCCAAAGACUGCAAGCAGAGAAAGCAGCCAGUGAAAGUCAGCUGUCAGCAAAUACCUAA